AUAAAAUUAUCUUUUUCGCAGUUCUGGGAAAUUAUUUCUGAUGAGCACGGUAUCGAUCCCACUGGAGCAUAUCACGGAGACUCCGACCUCCAAUUAGAAAGAAUAAACGUAUACUACAAUGAAGCAUCUGGAGGCAAAUACGUACCACGUGCUAUCCUUGUCGAUCUCGAGCCAGGCACUAUGGACUCGGUCAGAUCGGGGCCUUUUGGACAACUUUUUAGACCAGACAACUUCGUUUUCGGCCAGUCUGGAGCCGGAAAUAAUUGGGCAAAAGGUCAUUACACGGAGGGUGCCGAACUCGUAGACUCAGUUUUAGAUGUAGUACGAAAAGAAGCUGAAUCAUGUGAUUGUUUACAAGGCUUCCAACUUACACAUUCUCUUGGAGGAGGCACUGGUUCUGGUAUGGGGACAUUGCUCAUAUCAAAAAUCCGUGAAGAAUACCCAGAUAGGAUAAUGAACACAUUCUCAGUCGUACCCUCGCCCAAAGUAUCCGACACCGUUGUAGAACCCUAUAACGCCACCCUAUCCGUCCACCAAUUGGUAGAAAACACCGAUGAAACGUACUGUAUCGAUAAUGAAGCUCUCUAUGACAUCUGCUUUAGAACGUUAAAAUUGACAACACCAACCUACGGAGAUCUGAAUCAUUUAGUUUCCCUCACAAUGUCUGGAGUAACAACGUGUUUACGAUUUCCUGGUCAGUUGAACGCAGAUCUUCGGAAAUUGGCUGUCAACAUGGUACCAUUCCCACGACUCCACUUCUUCAUGCCCGGCUUUGCACCACUCACAUCGAGAGGAAGCCAACAGUACAGGGCCUUAACCGUUCCAGAAUUAACACAACAAAUGUUUGAUGCCAAAAAUAUGAUGGCUGCUUGCGAUCCACGACAUGGGCGUUACCUAACCGUGGCAGCUAUCUUCAGAGGUCGUAUGUCCAUGAAAGAAGUUGACGAACAAAUGUUAAACAUCCAAAACAAAAACAGCAGUUAUUUCGUCGAAUGGAUACCUAACAAUGUCAAGACAGCCGUAUGUGAUAUUCCACCAAGAGGCCUUAAAAUGUCGGCCACUUUCACCGGUAACUCCACAGCCAUCCAGGAACUUUUCAAACGUAUUUCAGAACAAUUCACAGCUAUGUUCCGACGAAAAGCUUUCUUGCAUUGGUACACGGGUGAAGGCAUGGACGAAAUGGAAUUCACAGAAGCCGAAUCAAACAUGAACGACCUUGUAUCAGAAUACCAGCAAUACCAAGAGGCAACCGCAGACGAAGACGCCGAAUUCGACGAAGAACAAGAAGCGGAAGUAGAUGAAAACUAAUUCCUCCUUUUUUUUUCCUUCCGAUGGUCCCUGCACUAAAUCUGAUACCGCUUUUUAAUUUAACACAUGUUAUUUGUUCGUUGUACCGAGUACAUUCCAGAUUUUGUAAAUUGAAAUAAUUUAUGCGUGUCAAGACUGAAAGGCCUUCCCAAUUUUAUUUGUAAUUGUUUUAUUUAUAACUGUUCCAUAUUUUCUCAAUUGUUUAUAUUAAAACGCUGCCAUUCAAAUUGCUGUUUUAUUUGAUUUUGUUUUUAGACAAUUUUUGAAGUACACAAAAAGUGUUCAAUAGGAAACUGAUUUUAGAAAGAAAAGCCGCAUGUUCAUAAAAUAUUCCGAUCAUUUGAGUAAAUAGAAUCACUGAGUUAAAAAUAUCUACCUACACCAAAUAAAUGAACAACUUCCGUUUGUAAAAAUUAUUGUAACCGUCUGAAGUAUUUUUUUAAUGUUUUGAUUAAAAUGAAUUAUAAAUUUGUUACUAAUAAAAAGGCAUUUCAAUAAAAGGAUACUAUCACAA